UUAAAAGGUGCUUUAGCGACACCCUGUGUUCAAACAGGGAACUGCGCUCUAUGUCUGGAAGGAAGGACGUGGACAAACUUGCAGUCUGCUUGCAGGAACCGUAACAGUUGUGAUCCAGAAAUGGCAGCGCAGGAGGAAGUCUUCGUGGGGAUUCCCAAGAUCCCAUACUCACCCAAUGCUGGGCCUGGAGAUGUCAUGUGCUUCAAACACUACAAUGCUGAGGAGGUGCUGAUGGGGAGAAAGAUGGAGGAUUGGCUGAGGUUCUCAGUCUGCUACUGGCACUCCUUCUGUGGCACUGGAGCUGAUCCUUUUGGGUCUCCGACCCUCCACCGGCCCUGGAACAUAGGAACUCCUAUGGAAUCCGCCAAGAAGCGACUCCGGGCCGCUUUUGAGUUUUUCGCCAAGCUCGGGGUGAAAUACUACACAUUUCACGACAGAGAUAUGGCUCCUGAGGGCUCCACCCUGGAGGAGUCCAACAGGAAUCUGGAUGAAAUAACAGACCUGGCUCUCCAGCUGCAGAGCCAGACUGGAAUCAAGGUGCUGUGGAUCACCUGCAACCUCUUUGCCCACCCACGGUACAUGAACGGUGCAGCCACCAACCCGGACUGUCAUGUUCUGGCCUACGCUGGCGCUCAGCUUAAGAAGGGGCUUGAUACCGCCAAGAAGCUGUGUGCAGACAAUUUUGUGUUUUGGGGAGGAAGGGAAGGUUUCCUCUCCGUCCACAACACAGACGUUGCAGCGGAACUGAAGCACAUGGCCAACUUCUUCAAGAUGGCCGUCCAGUACAAAGAGAAGAUUGGGUUAAAAUGUCAGUUUCUUAUCGAACCCAAGCCUAAGGAGCCCUGCAAACACCAGUAUGACUAUGAUGCUAUGAGCGUCAUCGCAUUCCUCAAGCAUUACGGUCUGGAGAGUCACUUUAAGUUGAACAUUGAGCCCAACCACACCACCCUGGCAGGACACUCGUAUGAACACGACGUCGUCAUGGCGUCUGCGUUUGGCAUGCUGGGUUCAGUGGACUCAAACACUGGCUCUCCGGACCUUGGGUGGGACACAGAUGAGUUCCCCAUGGACAUCAGGAACACCACCUUGGUCAUGAAGGUCAUCAUUGAACAAGGUGGUCUGCAGCCAGGAGGCCUGAACUUUGAUGCAAAGGUGCGCAGGGAGUCCACAGACCUGGAGGACCUGUUCAUCGCUCACAUCGGAGCCAUGGACACCUUUGCCAGAGGACUCAGAAAUGCUGUUCGCAUGAUUGAGGACGGGCUCAUUGCUGGUAUGGUGAAGGAGCGGUACUCAAGUUUCAGUCAUGGCAUUGGACAGCGAGUGGAGGAUGGUGCUGCCUCCCUGGAGGACAUGGAGGCCUUCAUCAAGCAGAACGGUGAGCCGAAUGUAACAUCGGGCAAGCAAGAAAAAUAUGCAUCCAUCUUUAAUCGCUACAUAUAAUAAAAGCAUCGCCCUCUUCACAUGAUAUUUGGCCUUUGAGUGUCAAACAGGAAGUUAGAAAGGUAGAGCACUUUUAUUAAACCCACUGGGAUUAAAAAUGGUAUUUAUUACAGUUGUUUCACUAACUUAAAACAAUUAAAAUACUAAACGCUUCAGGUAGAGAGCUGACAUGAAAUAUUCUUGACCGAUCUGUGAAUGAUGUGUGUGAUACUGGGAGGCUAUAUUUGUAUUAGUUUAUGACUACUGAUGAUUUUCACAUAGCAGGUGAAGUCUUUUCCUUGUAACUAUUGAAUAAAUGAUCAUAAAUA